AUGUCCUCCUCUGCCGUCAAUCAGAGACACCACUCGCCACAUCACGCUACUGCAAAUAACUCACCCGCCGACGACGAGGGCAUCGGCGACGAUGACGACUACCUCCUGUUCAGCGCGGAGCCGGAUGGGUGGAAGUCUAUGACUUCGUCAAUAAAGAACCAUGUUCAUUACGGAGGCAGACGAUAUCACCGCUACAGAGAUGGGAAAUACCCCUUUCCGAACGACAUGAUUGAGCAAGGAAGAGAAUAUCUGAAGCAUGAUAUGAUUACGCGUGUGACCGAGGGCCGGCGUUUCCAUGCGCCGAUCGGGAGUCACCCGCAGAAGAUUCUCGAUUUAGGCACCGGCGUAGGCGUCUGGGCUAUUGAAGGUAACAAGAGUCUUCGUUAA